AUGGGUCGCAGCAGCCCCCAGAGAGCCCCCCCAUUGGGCCUCAGAGACCACAUGGGGCUCUAUAAGGAGCUCUCGAGGCCCGAGUCCUUGCCGCAUCAUGAGAAUUUAGUGAAGUAUCACGGUAGCCUUGUGGGGCCCCCGAGGGGCCUAUCUGGGGGCCCCGGUGAGGUGCUGCUGCUUCUGGAGUACUGCAGCGGGGGCACGCUCAUUGAUUUGCUGCAGCGGACACAAAGACCACGAGAAGGUCUGCAUGAAGACGUCAUCAGGCGCGUCCUCCUGCAUGUUGCUAGAGGCCUGGCUCACUUGCAUACCCAAACCCCUCCCAUUGUUCACUGCGACUUGAAGGCAGAGAAUAUCUUAUGGGGUCCUCCCAGUCCGUCUUGGGGUGCUAAAAGCUCUUUAGAGGAGCCUAAGGGGCUCUUUACAUUCUCUUUGGGAGGAUUGUGGGCACGCGCCAAGGGCGACACACCCGACUUGCGCGAGGUGCCAGAGGGAUUAGAGGGAGUGUUUAGAGUUUGCGACUUCGGGAGUUGCCUGCACGGCAUCCUCGAUCCCAGCAUAGGAGGAAGGAAGGAGAAGCUACAGCUGGCUGAGCGAAUCGAGAAACAAUCGACGUUAGCUUACAGGGCCCCUGAGAUGGUCGAUCUGUAUCUUGAGUACCCUAUAGGACCCCCCGCAGAUAUCUGGAUGCUUGGCUGUGUUCUGUUCAUUUUAUGUUUUUACCGGCACCCCUUCGAAGGCGCUUCUGCGCUUGCUAUCAGCAAUGGGGCCUAUAGCAUCCCUCCAGGCCACAAGUACUCGGGUGAGCUGAUGGCGCUGUUGCGGUGCUUGCUUUCUAUCCGUCCUUGGGAGAGGCCCACAGCGCAGCAGCUUGCCGCUGCACUUGAAACCCCCGGGGGACUGGUUCAAUUGCUGCAGGAUCAGCAGCAGCAAAAACAGCAAAGGCCGAAGCACCAAGAGCAGCAGCAAAAGCAACAUAAGCACCAGAAGAAGCAGCAGCAAAGGCAGCGUGAUAUCUUCCACGAAGAGUUGGUGGGGAGAAGCAAGUCUAAAGGCGGAGCUGAAGCUGACACGGGAGAUGAGUGCUUCGACCCCUGUAGUGCAGCACAUGUGCCUCUUCCGCAGCAGCAGGAGCAGCAGCAGCAGCAGCAACAGCAGCACGCCACAGACCCUUGGGGACAACCACUUCUGCCUCAAGAGGAAGAACCGUGGGAGCAGCAGCAACAGCACGACCGGCACCACCUGAAGCAUCAGCAGCGGCGCCGCCAUUUGAUAGAUUGUGGCAUUGGAGAGCAUACAAAUCAGAAGGCGCAGCAGCAGUCGCAUAAACAGCAGGAGCAAGAGCUGCUGUUGCAGCAGGUUGACUUUCGGGGCAUCGAAACGCUGUGUGCUCCCUGUGAACUCUCUCAGUGCGAUGCAGCUGGAGGCGGUAGCAGCAGCAGUAGCAGCAGAACCAACAAAGCUGGUGCUCUCCCAAAGGGGUGCGAGAAUAAGAGUCUCUCUUUGCUUGGCUGCGUUCCGUCCCCGAAAUCCUUUGGCUUGCGUACUGCAGCACCUUCUGCUGUUGGUGCACCUGCUUCUAUUGUAGCUUCUCCUCCUACUACACUGUUUGCUAGUGCGGUAUCUGCUUCUGCUGCUGUCGCCUCUGGGCAAAGCCCCCCGGGAAGCAGUUCACGAAAGUCUUGCACUCCUGUCAACGGCGUGCCACGGCAGGAGCUGUUGCUGGAGCGCAUGCUAGUGAUGAGUCAGCAAGCCGUGCGGAAGCAGAACCAAGAUGAACACUCGUUUCCAAGGUACAGGCAAGCCUCUAGCGGCAGCGCGACUGCGGCGUCCGGCCCCAUGGAGCCGCCCUGGCGAUCUCAUAUGUGCAGGACCGGUGCUUCUGUUGCUUCCGCUGGUGUUACAGAAAACAACAGCAGCAGCAGCGAUAGAGCAGCAGCAGGUGAUUCAGUGAGCAAGGUGAAGUUUCGGCUGUCUGGGUCAAUGGAUGUGUGUCUCUUGCGCUUGCGGGAGACAAAGCCACAGCCUUCUGGGUUAGGAGGAAUGGAUGAGAAAGAGACGGACACAAAUGGCGUUCAUCCAAAUGCAUCAUCUUUUUAG